AUGAACGGGGGCGGGGUAACAUCAGCACUUCGGGAACUGGAGGCGGGGCUUACCAGGAGAAAACUUCAAAAGGCCUUGAACCCAGAAGACGACCCUCAGAAGAACACCAGACCUAGACCAGGUCAGAGCCUAGCUCCUUACCAGACGGCGUUGCCCCAACCCCCUCCUCCUGGGCCUGGCUUUCCCAUGACAAACGAUGUGUCUGGCUGUGGUAGGAAUUGGAAAUCCUUUGAAGCUUGCAAUCUUGAUCCGUUGUGCAAUUUUCCUAAACGCCGUGGCUGGACUGCUCCCACCACGUGUUCGAGUGGACUGAAAAGCAGUUCCCUGCCCCUUGUGUUCUUGGACCUCUUUAAAUUCAUGGUUACGCCCCUGGCUCUGACUGAGCACCAAGUUCAGCAGGUACUUCGUUUGGGCCCUAUGCUCAGGGUAGGAGCACCUGCUGCCUUGUCAGCCGACACCUCUUUACUACUAGCUCACGAGCAGCAGUUAGAAUAUGAGCGCAUUUCCCUUGAACGCGAGAAACUUGCGGCACAGAAAUUAGAAUCGGAGAGACUAGCAGAAGAGAAAAGCAAAAAAACAAAAAACAUUAAGUUGGUUCCCACAUUCACAGAUUAUGACCCUGAAGAUUAUUUUAAGACUUUUGAAGAGACUGCCUUGCAUUUGGAUUGGCCACGCGAUCAGUGGGUUUGGCUAUUAAGGCCGAAAUUAACUGGGAAAGCUGCGAAAGUUUGUAGACAUCUCGAAAAUACUACAGAUUACCAGAAUGUUAAACAAGCAAUUUUGGAUGCUUUUUCAAUCUCUGUCGAGGGAUAUCGUCAGACCUUUCGUAACAAAACUAAGUUCACAACUCAAACCUAUGUAGAAUUCGCUUCCGAGAAAUUAAGGGAGUUUAGGAAAUGGAUAAAAUCUGCUGCAGUAAGUACUUUUGCUGAAUUAGAGAAUUUGAUUGUACUUGAAGAGUUUAAACGAAAGCUUCCUUUGAACAUUAUGAUGUAUUUAGAGGAUAGGGAAGAAAAAGACUUGUUAAAGGCAGCUUCUCUAGCAGACACUUACUCUUUAAUACAUAAAUUUGGAACAGUAAGAGAAACCGACCAGAAUGUAAAACCAUCUCCAGUUAAAAACUCUGAAACUCUGACUGAUACGGCAAAAGCGUUGAAUGUACGUUGUAGUUAUUGUAAGAAGGACGGUCACACAAUUAAAAACUGUCCAGAUCCUAAAUGUAAAACUUCCUUGCCUUUUCGGAACCCAUUUAACCCUUUUCUUAACGUUAAAGGUAAAACAGAUGGUCAGAUUAAGCCUGUUUCCCAUAUCCAUUCUGAAAAGCCUGUAAAUCUAUUUGAUGAUUUCACUUUUAAUGGAACUGUAUCUUUGAACUCUGAUGGGGAUAAGUAUAAAGUCAGGAUACUUCGUGACACAGGUGCUUCGCAAAGCUUACUUUUGAGGAGUGCUCUCCCAAAUGUUGAAGCUAACGUAACUAAUGAACAUGUUCUCGUGAAAGACCUUUCACAAAUAUCUAAAGUUCCCCUUGCUAAUGUUCAUCUUGAUUGUCCUAUAAAGAAGGGUAACGUGCUGGUAGGCAUAAGAGAUAUUGAAUUUCCAGUAAAAGGUGUAACUUUAUUAUUGGCUAAUGACCUUGCAGGACGUUUGGUAGUUCCCAAUGUCAUUGUAAUGGAAAAACCUGUAGGUGAAAACCUUGAACCUGAUCCCGAUUGCUCUGUAAAUCCUUCUUGUGUUGUCACUCGUAGCCAGAAAUCUAGUUCGGAUGAAUCUAAAGUCACUUCUGUAAAUUUCGAAGCACAAAAUGUUAUGAGUCGAGAUAACCUUAUUGAAGCUCAGAAGCACGAUAACACUUUAAGUAAGCUUCAUGACCAAGCGGUUUCUAGAAGUGAGAUUAACAAAUCCCCAUGUUUUUACUUUGAAUCUGAUAUGUUAAUGAGGUUUUACCGUCCCCCUAAGAAAUCUAGUGAAGACACCUGGAGUGAAAAGCGACAAAUUGUGCUACCUCUUUCUGUUAGGAAUUCUGUAAUGGAAAUAGCUCAUGAUGCCUAUGGAGGACAUUUAGGAGUUCAUAAGACCUAUUGUCAGAUUUUGAAUUGUUUCUUUUGGCCCAAUAUGAAAAAGGAUGUAGCAAAAUUUGUUCGCACUUGUCAUGUAUGUCAGAUAUCAGGAAAACCUAACCAGGUAAUACCCAAGGCACCUUUACAACCGAUCUUAGUCCCUGAUGAACCUUUUAGUAAGAUAAUUAUAGAUAACGUUGGUCCUUUACCAAAAACCAAGAAAAGUAAUCAAUACUUGCUCACUAUAAUAUGUCCUACAACCCGAUACCCUAUUGCCAUCCCUCUUCGUAACAUUUGUGCUAAGAACAUUGCUAAUUCUUUACUUAGUUUUCACGAAUUUCGGUAUCCCAAAGGAAAUACAAAGUGAUCGAGGUUCAAAUUUCACCAGUGACCUUUUUGUCCAGGUACUUAAAGAACUAAAUAUCAAACAAACCUUGUCUGCUGCCUAUCACCCAGAGUCUCAGGGUGCCCUCGAGCGUUGGCACCAAACUUUCAAAAGUAUGCUUA